CCGGUUUGGGACGAAGGAGGACGAGUGCACCCGAAUCGGACUUAGUUUCUUAUUUCUACUUUAUUUGCGUGUAUUUUCCUCGAGACCCCUGGCCCUGCCAGCCGCGAGCACAGGCUAAACAAACAAACAAACAAAGCCUUUCGCACGCUGGUCAACCUGAAUCUUGACAUGAGGAUUGUACGGCAAUCGCCACCGCAUCUCUCGUUGCAGGAUGUUGCUCUCAUGCUUUGCAGCGGCACUUGUUUUUGGACAAUUGUCCUUUCCAUUUGCCUUCGAUCCGAGUGACUUCAAGACGUGCCCGCAAGUUGGAUUCUGUCGACGUGGUAGGGCACUUGCAAAAAGGGCGACUGAAUCGUCUCAGUGGGUGUCUCCGUAUAGUGUUCGUCCUGAAAGCGUGGUCCUCUCUCCACCGAAUGCCUCUUUGUCGGCACAGGUCUUCUCCUCACUUUAUCCUGGAAUUCGCUUUGAGCUUCAGGUUGAUGUACUUGAACACGGAAUUGCCAGGGUACGUCUGGAUGAGGUCAACGGUAUGCGAAGGCGAUAUCACCAGGCGGCUUCAUGGGCUCUCGUUGCUGAACCCACUCUCAUGGCUCCGGGUGUAGUAUGGCGGUUUGAAGAAUCAGGCAUUAGAGCAUUAUAUGACGAUGUUGAACUGGAAAUAUCAUACGCACCACUGACAGUGAAGCUGAUCAGAGCUGGCCGCGAGGAGCUUGUGCUGAAUGGACGAGGUCUACUCCAUUUGGAGCAUUUCAGAACCAAAACAGCAGCACCGUCGACCGCUCUGAGCGAAUAUCAAGCAGUUCUUCACGGCAAUACAGAGUCCAACGGCUGGUUCGAGGGAGGCGAAGCAGAUGGCUAUUGGGAGGAGACAUUCAAGGCGUGGACAGAUUCAAAACCCAAAGGUCCAGAAUCAUUUUUUAUUGAUAUUGACUUCCCCCACCACUCUCAUGUUUACGGAAUACCACAACACGCUACAUCCCUCUCUCUUCGGGAGACAACGGGUGGAAAUCAAUAUUUUUCAGAGCCUUUCAGACUGUACAACAACGAUAUUGGGGGAUAUGAUGCUGACUCGCCAAUGUCAUUGUAUGGAUCCAUUCCACUCAUGCAUGGGCACUCCACGGAAUCCACUGUGGGCGUCUUCAAUCUGGUUGCAUCAGAGACCUGGGUCGACAUAUUUCAUCCUGUUUUGAAUAAGUCGACAGCAACGCAUUGGAUAUCAGAAUCAGGGAUCAUGGAUAUCUUCUUGCUUCCAGGACCAACGCCGGAUCUUGUGUUUACACAAUACGCAUCGUUAACUGGGACAGCUCCACUGCCGGCUUACUUUGCUCUCGGAUAUCACCAAUCGCGAUGGAACUACAUCUCGUCCCAGGAUGUCCGGGAUGUUUCACGGAGAUUUGAUGCAGAAAACAUGCCUAUGGACGUCGUUUGGUUAGAUAUCCAGUACUCUCAGGGUCAAAAGUAUUUCAUCUGGGACAAUCAGUCGUUCCCGGAUCCUGUCGAGAUGGCAGACGAACUCGCUGCCGCUGGGAGAAAAGUCGUCGCUAUAAUAGAUCCACAUUUGAAGACAAGCAACGACUAUCCCAUCUUUUCCGAAGCUCAAGACAAAGGCUUUCUUGUCAAGGACGCGGAAGGCGAAAUAUUUGUUGGCCAGUGCUGGCCUGGUAGCUCUGCAUGGUUGGAUUUUUUCAACCCCCAAUGUCAGAAUUGGUGGCGUGGGAUUUUCAGCCUCAACAGCACCGCCGACGGUUGGAGGUGGGCUGAAAGCACGGAUAAUACCUUCAUCUGGAAUGACAUGAACGAGCCUUCUGUAUUCAACGGUCCAGAGCUCACUAUGCCCAAGGAUAGCGUUCAUUAUGGAGGCUGGGAGCAUCGUGACGUUCAUAACAUUUAUGGAAUGUUAUUUCAUAAGGCAACAGCAAGCGCCCUCGUUCACCGUACGGGCACGAUGAAGCGCCCCUUCGUUCUUUCCCGAUCAUUCUACGCUGGGUCUCAGCGCUUUGGAGCAAUAUGGACGGGUGACAAUCUAGGCACCUGGGAGCACAUGGCUGCAGGUAUACGUAUGAUUUUGAGUGAUGGUAUCGCUGGCAUGACUUUUUCAGGCUCUGAUGUUGGUGGCUUUUUCGGCAAUCCUGACCCCGAAAUGCUCGUGCGUUGGUAUCAGGUCGGAGCGUUCUCGCCUUUUUUCCGUGCACACGCCCACAUCGACACGAAACGACGUGAGCCUUACCUCUCUGCGGAGCCAUACCGAUCAAUGCUGCGCGAUAUUCUCAAGCUCCGAUAUUCGUUGCUUCCGGUGUGGUACAACGCCUUCAGAGAGGCAAGCGUCAGUGGGAUUCCCGUUCUGCGGCCUCAAUAUGUAGUUUUCCCAAAGGACUCUCAUGGUUUUGAGAUCGAUGACCAAUUCUAUAUUGGAGGGUCAGGGUUACUUGUGAAACCUGUUACUCUCCCUCACGUCGAAAGUGCGGAGGUGUACCUUGCUGAUGAUCAGGUCUACUACGAUUAUUUCGACCAUCAAGUACAUCAGGGCGCCAUGGGUGGGCGCUAUGUCACCGUUUCCGCCCCUUUGGCCAAAGUUCCGCUCCUGUAUAGAGGUGGCUCAAUCGUUCCCACUCGCCUUCGGCCACGUCUUUCAUCCUCGUUAAUGAAGAAGGAUCCAUUCACCCUCACAGUUGCCCUCGACAAGACAGGAUCCACAGCAUCUGGUGAACUGUACCUCGAUGACGGAGAGACAUACACCUUUGAGCAGGGCGAGCUGGUGUGGCGUAAAUUCAUAGCGUAUCCGUCGAAGGACGGCCAAGCCUCUCUCAUCGUUCAAAAUCACAAUCUGGCAUCCCACACAUCCGCACGGGACAUUGUCGGGGGCGCCAAAUUCCAGUUUUAUGAUGGAAAAAAUGCGUAUGCCCGCGAAAUCGAUAGCGUGUACGUUGAGCAGAUUAUCAUCCUCGGGUUGAAAGAGGAACCGAAGCGGGACUUGGAGAUAGACUACCGGGGAGGUAGCUAUGGGAUGAACAAUGUCUUGUCCAGUAGCCUGACGAUCAAGAAUCUAGGCGUUCGCGUAGUAGACGAUUGGCAGAUUUUAGUUCAAUGGUAA